AUGGAAAGCAGGGAGACCAACAGCAGUGCAGUCCCAAAGAACUACCAGCAUGCCCUAUCCUUAGUCUUUGCUGUGAAGGAAGUCAAUGAGAAUGCCAAGAUUUUACUAAACAUCACUCUGGGGUUCCAGAUCUAUGACAGCUACUUCAAUGCAAGGAUGACUUAUCAGAAUACUUUGAAUCUUGUCUCUCGCCAUGAGAAGACUGUUCCCAACUACAAGUGUGGUGCUGAGAAGAACCUGAUAGCUGUCAUUGGGGGUCUUGACUCUGAAACGUCAAUCUACAUGGAUUCCAUCUUAAGCUGCUACAAGAUUCCACAGAUCACCUAUUCUAUAGCACAGAGUGCAAAACAACAUAUUUCUUCCUUAUACCAAAUGACACCAAGUGAAGCAAAUCAAUACAAUGGGAUUGUUCAGCUUCUUGUGUAUUUCCAAUGGGUAUGGGUUGGGAUCUUUGUCACAGCUGACAAUAAAGGAGAAAUGUUUGUGAAGACACUGACACGCCAGUUUUCCUUGAGUGAAAUCUGUGCGGCCUGCAUUGAAAGAUGGCCAAGUGCCAGUCAAUUUUUCAAAAUUUAUGAGAUGAUCGAGAAAUGUCAGGAAGUGGUCAUUUCCCUGAGCAAAACCAAUGUCAAUGUGUUUGUUGUAAAUGCAGACACUUACACCAUGAAGUUUUUGCAGUGGAUGCUAAUAACGGGUGUAAUGUAUGGUGUGAGGCCAAUAAGCAAGCUUCAACCUUUCCUGAGGAAUAUCUUGUUUAACAACAGUGCUGGUGACACUGUCUUUUUUAAUGAGAAACAUGAGCUAGAAGGUGGAUUUGAUAUUAUCAACUGGGUAACUUUCCCAAAUAAGUCCUUCUUAAGAGUGAAAGUUGGGAAGAUGGAUCCCCAAGCACCACUGGGCAGUGAUUUCUCCAUUGAUGAGAAGAUCAUUACAUGGCACCAGAGUUUUAACCAGGUGGUGCCUCUUGCCUUGUGCAAUGACCACUGCCAUCCAGGUUACAGCAGACAAAGGAAAGAGGGGGAACCAUUUUGCUGCUAUGAUUGUACUCCAUGUCCAGAAGGGAAGAUUUCAAACCAGACAGAUAUGGAUGAUUGCUUCCAGUGCCAAGAAGAUCAGUAUCCUAACCAAGAGAGAAACCAGUGCAUCAGCAAGAAAGAAAACUUCUUAUCUUAUGAAGCACCUUUAGGCAACAGUUUGGCUCUUUUGGCUCUGGCUUUUUCUGCAACUACAGCUUUGGUGUUUGGAAUCUUCAUCAAACAUCAAAACACUCCCAUUGUCAAAGCCAACAACCGGAAUCUCACCUACACCCUGCUCAUCUCCCUCCUGCUCUGCUUCCUCUGCUCCUUGCUAUUCAUUGGGCGCCCCCAGUUACUGACCUGCAAUCUACGACAAACUGCCUUUGGUAUCAUCUUCUCAGUGGCUGUUUCUUCCGUUUUGGCUAAAACCCUCACUGUGGUUCUGGCUUUCAUGGCCACCAAACCAGGAUCCAAGAUGAGGAAAUGGGUGGGGACAAGAUUUUCCAUCUCUAUUGUUCUUGGUUCUGCUUCUAUCCAGGCAAGUAUUUGUAUAGUAUGGCUGGGCACUGACCAUCCAUUCCCAGAUCUGGACAUGCACUCUCUGCCUGAAGAAGUCAUAGUGGAAUGCAAUGAAGGCUCAGUCAACAUGUUCUACUCUGUUCUUGGUUACAUGGGGUUGCUGGCUCUUGUCAGCUUCAUUGUGGCUUUCUUUGCUCGGAAGCUGCCAGACACCUUUAAUGAAGCCAAAUUUAUCACUUUCAGCAUGUUGGUGUUUUGCAGUGUGUGGCUUUCUUUUGUUCCAUCCUACUUAAGCACCAAAGGGAAGUACAUAGUGGCCGUGGAGAUCUUCUCCAUCUUGGCCUCCAGUGCUGGAAUCUUGGGUUGUAUCUUCUCCCCAAAAUGUUAUAUCAUUGUCUUCAAGCCUGAACUCAACUCAAAAGGGCAGCUAAAAAAGAGAAAUAAGUAACAAUCUAACUAUAAAAAUCAUUAUAGUGGAUAACGUUUUACAUGUUUUAAGGUUUGUGUGUUUGGGAAGGGUUCAGCUUUCACGUUCUCUUGAUAUAGAUGUUGCUUACUGUCAGAACUGCAGUCGUCAAAAUGUGGAAAGCCUUACAGUAAUUGCAACCUGCUCCAGUAUAAAAAUAUGUGUCGUUUAGUACUAGUUGAAAAAUUUGCUCAUAGAAAU